UGCGCAUGCUCCGUCCCUCUUUGUGGCCCUUGUCUUUUUGGUGGCUUUAUGGUCUACAGAAACCUGGUCUAGCCGUAAAUAUACAGAUUCUCCGCUGUUAGGCAAAGGCUAAUCUCAAUUUGCAGCACUAUCCUGGCUACCCAACGCACAUUUAGCUGGCUAUCGUUAUAAAUAGUCCGGGACACACAGUGUUGAGCCGGGGCGUCGACUGGCCGAGAGGCAGAGCAUCCAUUCAUCCUUUUUUUUAUAGGCAACUAGCGUCGUUAGCCUCAACUAAAACCAAGGGGGCAGCGGUGUUGGGGGGAAUUUCAACAUGUCCGGCUACCAAGGAAAGAAGAACAUCCCCAAAAUUACAAGUGACCGUCUCCUCAUCAAGGGAGCAAAGAUAGUGAACGAUGAUCAGUCCUUCUUGGCUGAUAUCUACAUGGAAGAUGGAGUCAUUAAGCAAAUUGGAGACAACCUCAUUGUCCCGGGUGGAGUCAAGAUCAUAGAAGCCCAUGGCAGAAUGGUGAUGCCGGGGGGCAUUGAUGUGCACACCCGCUUCCAGAUGCCCGACCGAGGCAUGGUGGCGGCGGACGACUUCUACCAGGGCACCCGAGCGGCUCUGGCUGGCGGCACAACCAUGAUCAUCGACCAUGUGGUACCGGAGCCCGGUGUCAGCCUGGUCACUGCUUUCAAACAGUGGAGAGAGUGGGCUGACAGCAAGUCCUGCUGUGACUACUCUCUGCAUGUGGACAUCACUGAGUGGAAUAACAGCACCCAGGAGGAGAUGGAGACGCUAGUGAAGGAUCAUGGUGUCAACUCUUUCCUGGUCUAUUUGGCCUAUAAGGAUGUUUUCCAGCUUUCUGACUCUCAGAUCUAUGAGGUGUUCAGUGUCGUCAGAGACCUUGGAGCCAUUGCUCAGGUUCACGCCGAGAAUGGAGACAUUGUUGCAGAGGAGCAGAAACGCAUAUUAGAGCUGGGGAUCGCCGGUCCUGAAGGCCACGUACUGAGCCGUCCAGAGGAGGUGGAGGCCGAGGCCGUUAACCGCUCGGUCACCAUAGCCAAUCAGACCAACUGCCCCCUGUACAUCACCAAGGUGAUGAGCAAGAGCGCGGCCGAUGUUAUUGCUCUCGCUCGGAAAAAGGGUGCUGUGGUUUACGGAGAGCCCAUAUCUGCCAGCUUGGGCACAGAUGGCACUCAUUACUGGAGUAAGAACUGGGCCAAGGCAGCAGCCUUUGUCACCUCGCCGCCGCUCAGCCCCGAUCCCACCACCCCCGACUACCUCAACUCUCUGCUGUCAUGUGGGGACCUGCAGGUAACUGGUAGUGCUCACUGCACUUUCCAUACAUCCCAGCGUGCAGUAGGCAAAGAUAACUUCACCAUGAUUCCAGAAGGCACCAACGGCACCGAGGAGAGGAUGUCUCUUGUCUGGGACAAAUGUGUGGUGACUGGAAAGAUGGAUGAGAACCAGUUUGUGGCAGUAACCAGCACAAACGCAGCCAAGAUCUUCAACCUGUACCCCCGCAAAGGUCGCAUCGACGUGGGUUCGGAUGCUGACCUCGUGCUGUGGGACCCAGAUCUGACAAAGAUCAUCUCGGCCAAGAGCCACAACCUGGCUGUAGAGUACAACAUCUUUGAGGGGACAGAAGUGCGUGGGGGUCCUCUGGUUGUCAUCAGCCAGGGUAAGAUUGUGUUGGAGGAGGGCACGCUCCACACCACGGAGGGCUGCGGGCGCUACGUCUGCCGCAAACCUUUCUCUGACCACGUGUACAAAAGGAUAAAGGCCCGCAGCAGGCUCACAGAGCUGCGAGGUGUCCCCAGGGGCCAGUACGACGGGCCAGUGUGUGAGGUGACCGUGACUCCGAAGGUGAUGUCCACGGUUUCUUCGAUGAAGACCUCCCCUGCCAAGCAGCAGCAGCAGCAGCAGCAACAGCAGUACACUCAUCAGCCAGUCCGUAACCUCCACCAGUCUGGCUUCAGCCUGUCCGGCGCCCAGAUAGAUGACAACGUUCCACGUCGUACCACUCAACGCAUUGUGGCGCCCCCUGGUGGAAAAGCAAACAUCACCAGCCUCGGCUAGGCUCCUCAGUUGAGCCGCAGGAGGAUCAUGGGACCAGAUGCCACGAGUAACCACAUCUCAUCAGAUCUCUCUUCACUUCUGGCUCCCCUGCACCCUUUCUAUCCAUUUUUACUCUAACAUUUCCACCAUGUCACCUCAUUCAAGAAAAAACAAGCACUAGUUCACGUAGUUUUAAUAUCUCCUGCCACAUUCCUGCACCGAGGUAGGAGAAAGUGAAUUUAGGGAAAGAUUUUUUUAUAUUCAUUUGCUCAUUGAGGAAGUAAUUUGUUUACAUUGUUUUACGAUCCCUGCUCUAUGUUAAAAGCUGUUCCAAGAAUAGAUCAGAACGCUAAUGAAGAGGCAGUUUUGUGACAUUCUAACGGCAGCGAAUGUUCAGUUUUGUGUUUUUAUAGUUGAUAGUUUUGAUGGUUGUGUUACAGAACCACUUUUGGCUAAACAGUACUGGACCGCUCACUGUCCAAAAAGUGACACACUUCUCUGAUUUUUUUGACAUUUGAUAAAAAAUUCACCAAAAUAAUUUGGUACAUAUAAAAGUAUAAAUGAAAUGCAAAAUGUACAGCAAUAUUAUGAAGUCAUGGAAAUCAGUUUAUUUUGUUUUUAUUUUUAAUUAAAAUUGAAAUUUAACAAUAGAUCUGGAUUAUGUGCGGGGAAACCCCCCCCCCCAAUAACAAUCAAUAUCUGUGUCAUAUGUUUUUCUUUUUUGAUAUAUCUAUUUAAACAAAAAUGCGACAUAAACCCUUGUUUAACAUUAGCUUUGAGGCGCACUUUCUAAUUAUGAUUACACCUCGAUUAAUACGUACUUAUUUAGUCAGGAACAACACAAGACUGCUGUUGCCUUUUCAGAUUAAAAUAAAAGAAUACGUUUCUCCUUCAAAAUAUUACAUUAAAACCCCAAAUGUUAUCGCUAAAAGACAAAAGUGUCACACAUUUAAAGAACUACUUAGUUUUUAAAAAUUAAAGGAAAAGAAUGACAAAAAAAACUUACCUUUUGUCAUUCUGGUCUUUUUAGAUUAACACUGAAUGAACAACCUGAAAUUAGGGGCGAUUCUACUUAGUGGGGCGGUCUGCUCCGAUAGCCGACCUGCAGUAGGCCGCUUCACUGACAUGCUACUCCACUGCAGUUUUAAAAUGCUGUCAGCUUAAUGAAAGUGAUGGAUGACGCUGCUUUAGCUUCCACACCAUGACUGAUCGUGUUUCUCACAGACUUAAAUAUUUGCAAACAGCAAAUUUUGCUUUUCCUUGUAAGCGAAGAAAAAUUGUAGUAGGGUUUUUUUGUUUUGUUUUUUGCUUUUUUUCCAACCAACUGACCAGCAGUAGGCAGCAACAGAUAUGACAGAAAGAUUUAGCCGGUAACCAGUCCAUGCCCACUGCUGACUCUGACCGGAAGAUUUAUCGACAGUGUUUCGUCUUUUUUAAGUUUCUAGCAAUGGUGGAUUUAGUUUUUCUUAAGCUUGCAGUAUGUUUGAUGUUUGUUUCUUGGUGUUGUGUUCUUCUGUUUUGCUACAGUUGCACUCUCUUCUUCCUUUUAUUUAUUUAUUUUUUUUAAUGGAUGGUACAUGUCGUGAAAUGUUAAAUGCACUGAAAGAAAAAGGAAAAAGGUAUUUCGGGGUCAAACCGCUCACUCAAUGUUGCUGUGAAACUUGGAGUCGUCUUCUAUGAGAAAUAUGAAACUUUUGUUGUUUUUUUUGUUUUUUUUCUCUCCCUCCAAUAUUUUCCUUUCUUCCUGGAGGGUCGUCAGGGCAACAAGCUUCCGGUCAUCAGACGUCUGUCGUUCAGGAAACAGAUGAACCCUAAGGGAAAGCUUGAUUGGAGGCUUGUGCUGACGACCUCUCUGCACCUGGUGCUUUCUGACCGUUUUGCUGUUAACCAGCAGACGACGUCCACAUUCGUGCAGCGGUCCCGUUAGCUCUGUAUUUAUAGUAGCCAGGGUAGAGUUAAUCAUUCGCCCAGUUUCUUUUAUGUAUUUGCACCUGCAACAAUCCAAAAAUAGUAAAUGUGUAUGUGAGAUUGCAACUUUUUAUUGGAUAUAUUUGUAAUGUUUUAAGGAUACAUGUUGCCUGCCUAUUCUAUAAGAUAUUGAUAGCACACUGUAUCUAUGAAGGCUCUUUAAAGAAGUGAAAAGGUGAUAAAAAAAAUGUUGUUUUUUUUGGAGACCUGAUGAAAAAUCUUCUGUGUGUGUAUACGAAGUCCCUCACAGUGUGCUGAUGAUGUGUCCUCUGUUCUCGGUGUUAGUGUUGUGGAAGACGUUUUAAGAUGCUGUAUAUUGUCCCUUUACCCUCCUAUUUACACAACUUUAUUAACACCAGAUUCACUUGAGCUAAUAACUGUACUCGGUCUCAGACACACCCACGUACAGGUCCUCGGCAAAAUGUUGAAUUAUUUCUCUUCAUUGCCUUGUCAAGUGUAGGUUUUUGUAUGCAACGCUAUACUGUGGAGUGAUUUACAUUUGGGGAAGUUUCUUGGAAGGGGUUGUUGGGUUUUAAUGUUGAGCACUGUUGUUUGCCCUCUUCCACCGACUGUGACACGCUUGCUCAUGUUUGCUCGUUUUAUUUUAUUUUUUUUCUUGGAUGUACCAGAGUUUGGAGGGAACCAUCGGUCCUGUCAGCGUAUGACCUUCUCUGUGUUGAAUUCAAUGGAUUAAAAUAAUAAAAUCGAA